AAAUAAUUUGGAGAGUAUUUCUGUUCCAGUAAAACACUUGAAGCUACACAGAAGACAGAGACGAGUGGGGUGACUUUUAUGAACACGUGAAAAGCAUUAUUGAAGCAUGAAGCGCAGUAAGCACCGUGGACACAAGGAGGACAGGAAUGCAGGUGGGCCAGCUAUUCUGGAGACGGAAAACCUGGUUCACCAGGGUAUGUUUAUGGGAAGAACUCCAGACCCUGACACCAUUUCAUUGGCAUCAGUCACAGCGGUCACCACCAAUGUAUCGAAUAAGAGAUCAAAGCCAGACAUAAAGAUGGAGCCAAGUUCUGGAAGGCCAGUGGAUUACCAAGUGAGUGUGACAGUGAUCGAGGCCAGACAGUUGUUGGGACUGAACAUGGAUCCAAUGGUCUGCAUCGAAAUCGGAGAAGAUAAAAAAUACACGUCCAUGAAAGAAUCAACCAACUGUCCAUACUUCAAUGAGUAUUUUGUGUUCGAUUUUCAUGUUCCUCCAGAUGUUAUGUUUGACAAAAUUCUAAAGUUAUCUGUGAUCCAUUCCAAAAAUCUUCUGCGUAGUGGGACAUUGGUUGGAACUUUUAAAUUGGACGUUGGUACCGUCUACUCCCAGCCCGAACAUCAGUUUUACCACAAGUGGGCUUUGUUGUCUGACCCUGAUGACAUCACAGCGGGGUGUAAAGGCUACAUCAAAUGUGAUAUUGCAGUUGUAGCCAAAGGAGACAACAUCAAAACGCCACACAAGUCCAGUGAAUCUGAUGAAGAUGAUAUAGAGGGGAAUCUCUUGAUACCAGAGGGGGUUCCUGCAGAGAGACAGUGGGCUCGUUAUUCCUUGAAGAUCUACAGAGCAGAGGGGCUUCCUAGAAUGAACACCAGCAUCAUGGCCAAUGUGAAAAAGGCCUUCAUAGGAGAAAAUAAGGAUCUAGUUGAUCCUUAUGUCUUAGUACAGUUUGCGGGACAGAAGGGCAAAACAUCAGUUCAGAAGAGCUGCUAUGAGCCCAUUUGGAAUGAGCAAGUUGUUUUUACAGAGAUGUUUCCGCCACUGUGCAACCGCAUGAAGAUCCAAAUCCGUGACUCAGAUAAAGUGAAUGAUGUUGCUAUGGGGACACACUUCAUUGACCUACGGAAGAUUGCCAAUGAUGGAGACAAAGGCUUCCUGCCCACUCUGGGACCUGCUUGGGUUAACAUGUAUGGCUCCACUCGGACCUACACCUUGAUGGACGAAUACCAGGAGUUAAAUGAUGGGCUUGGUGAAGGGGUGUCCUUCAGGGCUCGUCUGCUCAUUAGUCUUGGAAUGGAGAUCCUUGACCCUUCAUCGCCUGACACAGGAUGCUCCACAGAGGUGCAGGUGGAGGGAAUACCCAACAUCUCAGAGGCUGCUACAGGGAAGGUGGAAGAGUUCUUCCUCUUUGGUUCCUUCCUCGAGGCUACAAUGAUUGACAGAAAAAUUGGUGAUAAGCCCAUCAACUUUGAGGUCACCAUAGGCUACUACGGCAAUGAGGUUGAUGGGGUUGGGAAACCAAAAACAAAAGGAAAAAAGGUGGAAGGUGAUGAAGAGGAAACUGAACUGAUCCACAAUUCCAGCGAUGAGGACAUGGAGGAUGAUGGUGACCUGACUUCAGUGGCUACAACUCCGCCAAUGAAACCCGUUGUCACUGACCGAAACUACUUCCACUUACCGUAUUUUGAGAGGAAGCCUUGUAUCUACAUCAAGAGUUGGUGGCAGGACCAGAGAAGAAGGCUGUACAAUGCAAACAUUAUUGACAACAUUGCAGAUAAAUUGGAGGAUGGCCUGAAUGAUGUGCAGGAGAUCAUCAAGACUGAAAAAGCCUAUCCAGAGCGUAGACUUAGAGGGGUUCUUGAGGAACUUAGCCAAGGAUGCAGUCAGUUUCUUACGCUGGCAAACAAGGACCAGAAUCAGUCUGGAAAAACCAAACUUGACAGGGAGAGACUGAAGCUAUGCAUGUCAGAAGUGGAGACCAUCGGCCAGCAAGCUAAGGCCAUGAGGUCACAGGUCAAAAAAAGCACAGUGAGAGAUAAACUCAAGCUCGCCCACAACUUCUUGCACAAGCUGCGAUUCUUGGCUGAUGAACCACAACACAGUGUUCCUGAUGUGUUCAUAUGGAUGAUUAGUAACGGGAAGCGUAUUGCGUAUGCACGCGUCCCUUCCAAAGACAUUCUUUUCUCUAACAUUGAUGAGGAGAAGGGAAAGGACUGUGGCAAAGUCAAAACCAUUUUUCUGAGGAUUCCUGGUAAGAAGGGGUUUGGGCCUGCCGGCUGGACAGUGCAGUCUAAACUAGAGAUUUACCUCUGGUUGGGUCUGACUAAGCAGCGUAAAGACUAUCUGAGUGGUCUGCCCAAUGGCUUUGAAGAGAAUAAGAUGUCCAAAGGACCUGGAUUGUCAUGCUCACCCCCAAUCAGCCUCACUUACAUGAUGAAGCAGAUCUUCCAGCUGAGGGUCCACAUGUACCAGGCUCGUAGCCUGUUUGCUGCCGACAGCACAGGUCUGUCCGAUCCUUUUGCAAGAGUCUUCUUCUCAACACAAAGCCAGGUCACUGAGAUACUGGCUGAGACUCUCUGCCCAACAUGGGACCAGCUGCUGGUAUUCGAGAAUGUUGAGUUGUUCGGGGAUGCGUGCGAACUGCGAGAUGAUCCUCCGAUUAUCGUGAUUGAAAUCUAUGAUCAGGACACUGUGGGUAAAGCUGACUUCAUGGGUAGAACUUUUGCCAAACCUGUUGUGAAGAUGGCAGAUGAGCACUAUGGUCCACCGCGCUUUCCUCCCCAGCUUGAAUACUAUCAGAUCUAUAGAGGGAAUUGCACUGCUGGGGAAAUGUUGGCAGCUUUUGAACUGCUGCAGAUUGGCCCCAAUGGGAAAGCCGACCUGCCUCCAAUCAAUGGUCCAUCAGAUAUGGAUCGUGGCCCAAUCAUGCCCGUACCACUAGGAAUCCGACCGGUGCUCAGCAAGUACCGAAUUGAGGUACUGUUCUGGGGCUUGAGGGACUUGAAGAGAGUGAACCUUGCCCAGGUGGACCGGCCUCGUGUGGACAUCGAAUGUGCUGGCAAAGGAGUGCAGUCUGCCCUCAUCUCCAACUACAAGAAAAACCCCAACUUCAGCACCCUUGUCAAGUGGUUUGAAGUGGAUUUACCUGAAAAUGAGUUGCUUCAUCCGCCGCUCAACAUCAGAGUGGUGGACUGCAGGGCUUUUGGCCGGAACACUCUGGUUGGCUCACAUGCCGUCACCAGCUUACGGAAGUUCAUCUACAGGGCAACGGAGAAACAGGCCAACAACUGGUCCACUACAGAGGAAAUCAUUGUUGUCAGCAUGGAUCCUGAGCCUGCAUUUAAGAAAAUGGAUACUGUGGUCAAACUAGACUCUUGCUCGGAUGCUGUGGUGAAGGUUGAGGAUGAUGAUAAGGAUGGAAAGGGGAAAAAGAAGAAGCGGAAGAAGGGUGAAGAGAUUGAAGAGGAGGAGCUUGAUGAGAGCAUGUUGGACUGGUGGUCCAAAUAUUUCGCCUCGAUUGAAACUUUGAUGGAGACUCUCAAAGCUCAGGAGGGAGUGCUUUCAGAUUCAGAGGACAAGGAUGAAAUGGACACUGCAGAUGGUGGAGGCACCAAGAGAGGAAAAGGAAAGAAGGAAAAGAAGAAGCCAGUGGCAGAUCUGUCCGAGAAGAAAAAGCCAAAACUGGAUGAGCUGAAGGUGUAUCCUAAAGAACUGGAGAGCGAAUAUGACGACUUUGAGGACUGGCUUCACAGUUUUAACCUAUUCAGAGGAAAGGGUGGGGAUGACGAUGACCAAAAUGUAACAGAUGAGGACAGAAUUGUUGGAAAAUUCAAAGGCUCACUGUGCAUGUACAAAGUAUCAGAUGACACACCCAGAGACUUUGACUCCAACAUGGGAAUGUUUCAGAACAUUCCCCACAACGAUCCAGUUAAUGUCCUUGUCCGUGUCUACGUCAUCAGGGCGACAGAUCUGCAUCCAGCCGACAUUAACGGGAAGGCAGACCCGUACAUAGCAAUCAGACUGGGAAAGACAGAGAUCAAAGACAAAGAGAACUACAUCUCAAAACAGCUGAACCCUCUGUUUGGCAAGUCCUUUGACGUGGAGGCCACGUUCCCUAUGGACUCCACACUAACUGUGUCAAUUUAUGACUGGGACCUGGUUGGGACUGAUGAUCUGAUUGGAGAAACGAAAAUUGAUCUGGAAAAUCGCUUCUACAGCAAACACAGAGCCACAUGUGGAAUUGCGUGUAACUACGCCAUCCAUGGUUACAAUGUAUGGCGGGACCCACUGAAACCCACACAGAUCUUGGCUAAACUGUGCAAGGAUGGCAAACUGGAUGGCCCUCAAUACGGCCCUGGAGGAAGAGUCAAGGUCGAGAACCGUGUCUUCAUGGCACCGACGGAGAUAGAAGAUGAAAAUGGUUUGAAGAAGCAGACAGAUGAACAUCUGGCUCUGACAGUGUUGAAGCACUGGCAAGAAAUCCCAAAGGCUGGCUGCAAACUUGUCCCAGAACAUGUAGAGACCAGACCACUGCUCCACCCGGACAAACCAGGCAUUGAACAAGGAAGAAUUGAGAUGUGGGUGGACAUGUUCCCGAAGGAUAUGACUGCCCCUGGCCCUGCCCUUGAUAUUUCUCCAAGGAAACCAAAGAAGUUUGAACUGCGGGUGAUUAUUUGGAACACAGAUGAGGUUGUUCUGGAAGACGAUGACAUCUUCACUGGAGAGAAAUCAAGUGAUAUAUUUGUGAGAGGCUGGCUGAAAGGGCAGCAGGAGGACAAGCAGGACACAGAUGUCCAUUAUCACUCCAUCACAGGGGAAGGCAACUUCAACUGGCGCUUUGUCUACCCUUUCGACUAUCUCAUGGCUGAAGAGAAGAUCGUGAUUUCAAAAAAAGAAUCUAUGUUUUCUUGGGAUGAGACGCAGUACAAGAUUCCAGCUCGUCUUAAUCUACAAGUGUGGGACUCUGACCAUUUUUCUGCUGAUGACUUUUUAGGUGCAAUUGAGCUGGACCUGAACCGUUUCCCACGCGGCGCUAAGAGUGCCAAGCAGUGCACCAUUGAGAUGGUGACAAAUGAAGGAGAGAUACCUACAGUCUCCAUCUUCAAACAAAAGCGGAUCAAAGGCUGGUGGCCUUUUGUGGCCAGAGAUGAAAAUGAUGAAUUUCAACUUACGGGAAAAGUGGAAGCAGAGCUUCACCUUCUGACAGGAGAAGAAGCAGAGAAGAACCCAGUUGGUGAAGGACGCAGUGAGCCAGAGCCACUGGAGAAACCCAACCGUCCAGAUGUGGCCCUCCUCUGGUUCCUCAUCCCUCUGAAGGCUGCAAAACACCUGGUGUGUGACCAGUACAGGUGGCUGACCAUCAAGAUCGUCACUGCUCUUCUGCUGCUGGCCAUUUUGGCUCUUUUCCUGUACAACAUGCCGGGCUACAUGGUGAAGAAAAUGUUGGGGGCUUGAGUUAAAACCAGUAUAUUCAUAAACUGUGGUGUGCUUUCUGUAAUGACUGGUUUGGGAAUACACCUGCAGUUAGGGUACACUCUAAAAAACAA